UGGCUGCUCAACCCAUCUCUCUCAUCUGUACAUGCUACUUAACUGGCAUGCUGACGCAUCGCAGCUGAAGAACUUACAUUCAUACAAAGCAGAAAGAGUGAUCGAAAAGCGUGGGGAAGCAAUGGAGGAAUAUAGAGUUGAGGUGGAAGAAUCUGUGGCCGCUGUCGGACGCAAGCCAUCUGCUGGUCCUGUCUACAGAUGCGUUUACGCCAAAAAUGGUUUCCUCCAACUGCCUGCAGGGAUAGAUUCUCCUUGGAACUUGUUCUGCAAAUCUGUCAAAAGAUUUCCUCAAAGACAAAUGCUUGGUCAUCGGCAGAUUGUUAAUGAGAAGGCAAGCGCUUAUAUAUGGCAAUCAUACGAACAAGCCUAUGAAAAAGCUAUCAAGAUUGGAACUGCCAUGCGAAGAUGUGGUGGUCUUUGCCCUGGUGACCGUUGUGGCAUUUAUGGAUCAAAUUGCCCUGAGUGGUUAAUCGUCAUGGAGGCUUGUUAUAGUCAAGGAAUAUGCUAUGUACCUUUAUACGAUACCUUGGGUGCUGAUGCAAUAGAAUUCAUACUCAACCAUGCAGAAGUUUCAUUUGUUUUUAUUCAAGAAAACAAGAUACCAUUUAUCUUGAAGAGCCUUCCGGGAUGUUCUGCUUUUCUCAGGACAAUUGUAAGCUUUGGUAUAGUUACUGGUGAACAGAAAAAGGAAGCAGAGAAAGUUGGAGUAAACUGUUUUUCUUGGAAUGAAUUUAUCUCAUCGGAGUUCAAUGAAAGUUGUGAACUUCCAUCAAAAUCAAAGGAUGACGUUUGCACAAUUAUAUACACUAGCGGAACUACCGGAGAACCCAAAGGAGUCGUCUUGUCUAACAAAGUUGUUGUCGCUCAAGUUCUUAACAUAGAGUAUCUACUUUUAGAGACAGAUAAAGUGCUGACUGAAGAAGAUUCAUACCUGUCUUUUCUCCCACUAGCCCAUGUUUUUGAUCAGAUAAUGGAGAACUAUUGCAUCUAUAAGGGCGCCUCCAUCGGAUUUUGGCAAGGGGAUGUUCGGCGUCUGAUGGAGGAUAUUCAAGAGCUAAAACCCACAUUAUUUUGCGGCGUGCCAAGGGUUUAUGAACGCAUAUACACAGGCAUCAAUCAAAAGAUUCAAUCUGGAGGAAUAUUAGCCAAAAAAAUAUUCGAAUAUGCUUAUCAACACAAGUUGAAAAAUUUAAUGGCGGGAUUCAAACAAGACCAGGCAUCACCUUUCUUCGACAAGCUUGUCUUCAAUAAAAUCCGACAAGGACUUGGAGGUCGCAUACGUUUGAUGCUAUCAGGUGCAGCACCCGUUCCUAAACAUGUCGAGGAAUUCUUUAGGGUCACAAGCUGCAGUGUUUUUCUACAAGGAUAUGGUCUUACAGAAAGCGGUGCGGGUUGUUUCACAUCAAUAGCCAAUGUUUUCCCAAUGAUGGGGACGGUUGGAGUUCCAGUCCCGACAAUAGAGGCCAGAUUGGAAUCAGUACCGGAGAUGGGUUAUGAUGCUCUCUCUGCUACGCCUCAAGGAGAGAUUUGUUUGAGGGGCACAACCCUCUUCUCUGGCUAUCACAAGCGCCAGGACCUUACAGAUGAGGCAUUUGUAGACGGAUGGUUUCAUACAGGUGACAUAGGAGAAUGGCAACCCGGUGGUGCAAUGAAGAUAAUUGAUAGGAAAAAGAACAUCUUUAAACUGUCCCAAGGAGAAUACGUUGCUGUUGAAAACAUUGAAAGUGCAUAUUGCCAAUGCUCGCUUGUUGCGUCCAUAUGGGUAUACGGGAGCAGUUUCGAGUCGUUUCUGGUGGCUGUUGCCAUUCCAGAGCGGAAGGCAUUGGAGGACUGGGCAGAAUCUAAUCAAGUGACGGCAGGCAGCUUCGAGGAAUUAUGCGAGCAUCACAAAGCAAGAGAGUAUGUACUUAAACAGCUAAAUAAGACUGGUCAGAUGCACCGACUGCGAGGCUUUGAAUUGCUGAAAGCAGUACAUUUAGAAUCAAGGCCAUUUGACAUGGAGCGAGACCUAAUAACUCCAACUUUCAAGUUGAAGAGAGCACAGUUGAUCAAAUGCUACAAGGACGUGAUUGAUGAACUAUACGUCGAAGCUAAAGGAUUAAAAGCAUGAGUUUUGUGUUUUGCUUUCAUGUAACUGGUGGAGUACGCGCAGAUUGUUGCCUCCGGUUGCCAGACCGUCCUUGUGAUUUCCUACCUUAGAAGACGCUGAAAUAUUUUCCAGGAAUUGUUCUAAAAGAUUUUUCUUUUGUCUAUAUGGUCAUCAAGAAUAAAAUGGACGAAUGCGUGGUUUUAGCUUUAGCUAUUCCGCCGGCUUCCCUUUUUUUUUUCUUUUCUUCUUUUUUCUUUUUGACGAUAUAGCUCCAAAUUUUAUGCAAACACUAGGUCGAGUCCGUUUUCAUGAAAAUGGGCCGGCAUUCAAUUCGCUUUUUAACACUCAAACUGACUGAUUAUUAAUUCGGUCAAUUUUAAAUUCUAAGAUAUUUGAUAUGUGGGUAGGAAAAAAA